AUGCCUGUAUUUCUUGUUAUUAUGAAAAUUUUUAUUUAUCUCUGUUUAUCUGGGCUAGUUGUUGGUGGCCCUAUCCGGCACGGUGACGACGUGCCUGUCGUUACUGUAACAAAUGGCUCGUAUGCUGGCAUUUUUAGCCCGAGAUAUCACCAAGAUUUCUUUUUGGGGGUUCCCUUUCCAGCCCAACGGUUUAGAGUAGCUGAGCGCCUAAGCCUCCGCUGGAAUGAGACACGUCCAGCUGCAACCUACCCACCUCAUUGCUAUGGCUACGGGCCAGAUAACCUAGGUUAUGAGAUGUCAGAAGACUGCCUAUAUCUCAAUAUUGUUCGCCCUAGCAAAAUAUCAAGCGACGCUCAGCUGCCCGUCGCAAUCUGGAUUCAUGGCGGAGGUCUAGUAGGUUGCGUCACUGCAUUGGGUCUAUCUGCUUUAGCUAACUGGACAAGUACAUGGGUGGCUCAUGCACAGAUGGGAAAGCCCAUCAUUGGCGUUAGCCUCAACUACCGACUCGUGGCAUUUGGAUUUCUAGGGGGGCAGGAGGCGCAAGCUGCUGGGGUAACCAACAUUGGAUUUCGCGACCAGAGGCUUGCGAUUGAAUGGAUCCAUGAGAAUAUUAGGGCGUUCGGUGGUUCGCCUGAGAACAUUACCAUAUGGGGCGAGAGCUCAGGGGCUGAGAGCGUCACGGCCCAGGUUUUGCAUAAUGGUCUCUUUAGAGGUGCCAUUGGCCAAUCCGGAUUCGGUGGAAUUAUCCCGCGACUUCCUGGAGGAUACAACGCCACGGCCCUGCAACAGGAACAUUUUGACAACUUAGUCCGCAAUGUCUCGACUUGUGCUUCCACUGUUGGCACCCCACACGCUUUGGAGUGCCUGCGUAACGCUGACUUCAGAGAUAUCAAUGCAACUUUGUCGCAGAUGCCGGCAUUGAGCUGGCCACCUGUCUUGGAUGGUGAAUUUCUUGCAGACUACAGUGCCAAUCAGGUGUCGACGGAAGAUUUGCCCGAGUUCCCAUUCUAA